UCGAUAUGUAGCUGUUCAACACAUCAACGGUAGUUCGAACUAUAAGAAAAGGAAAAAGCAAAACUCGGAAAGAGAAAUAAAAAAAAAGUUGGUCUUCUUCGUAUACAACAGAACAAUAAGUUGGUCGGUUUUAUUGUUCUCUCACGAAAUCAAUUGCCUGCCUCUGUCUCUCGUGCUUCUGCUUUCCAUGAACACCAUCUUUUUCCUUCAGGAAGAAAGCCCAAGAAACAUGGGAUCUGUGGCGUGUCUUUUCUCGAGGGAAUCAUUAUUGGUUUUUCUCCUUUGAUGCGUAAAGUGUGCACCCUUAUAGCUUCACCGUGAAGUUGGGUUCCUGAGGAAAGAGAAGGAAUCUGCGCUGACCAGAUAAACCAUCGUCUACGUGCCUGAGAAGCAAGAAGAAAGAAGGUUUCCUUGCGUUCUUGUAUUUGGUUGUUGUAAAGCUUUUGGUGGUAAUGUUUUCUUAUUAGCAUCUGUUCGUGGCUUCGGUUUCUGGUUGGUGGCUGUUGAGUUUCUAACAGAAAAAGGAGGUUCCAUUGAGUUUCCUAUUGAUGGGGUUGAGAUAUUUGCUUGUUGUUUUGUGGUGUUGAGUUUCUCGAUAAUAAUAGUAAGAAGAAGAAGGGGGUUUGGUUGAGUACAAGAUGGAUGAAGACUUGGAUGGUUAUUCAGAUGAUGUUCUUGUGUUGAGGGAAGCAAUCGACAACCAAAACAAGCUUCUGCAGAAGCUUUGUCAAGAGUUGGACGAGGAAAGGGAGGCUGCUUCCACGGCUGCGAGCGAGGCCAUGUCCAUGAUUUUACGCUUGCAGGCAGAGAAAGCCACCGUGGCUAUGGAGGCGCGGCAAUACAGGAGGAUGGCGGAGGAGAAGAUGCAGUAUGCCCAAGAAUCUUUGGAGGUGUUCGAGCAACUCAUGUACAGGAAGGAGAUGGAGACCGCUUCGCUUGAGUUUCAGGUUCAGGCUUACAGGCACAGGCUUCUUAGUGUAGGCUUAGACGACUUCGACAUUGGGAGGCUGCAACGAUCACGGCAGGCAGCCCGACCAUGGCCGCAGGGACGAAUGGUUUCCGGAUCAAUGUGGGUGGACGAAGGAGAGGACGAAGAGGACGACAAUGAUGAAGAUGGACAUUGGAGCAGCAUGGAAAAGUUGAAAAAUUCAUGUCCACCUGUCUUGAGAUUGACAGCUUCUGAUUCUUCUUCUUCUGCAGACCACCAAAGUGGGAAGCAUAGCGGCAAUGGUGGUUCCAGCAAAAAGAACAGAUCGUCUCAUCCAUGGAGUAGUGUUAGAAAUUUGUCUAUUAAGGAGGAGGAAGAAGAGGAUGAAGUCGUCGAGGUUCGUUGUGACGAUGACAUAGAGGAAGAACACAAGUUUGGGAAUGCAACAGAUGGUUUGGACGUUGAGAACUGCAAGAUGAAUUUAGAUUCUAACCCUGUUAAUUUCGACUCGGUAUCAAGGUUCACUUCCUUUCACUCUGCGGUUGGUGAUGAUGCUGACAUUGGGCAUGGCCCAGAGCUAAUAGGAAGCAGAUGUUCAUUCACAUCUUGUCGAUCUGCGGAUACUGAGGAUCUAUCAGAAUUCGAUGUCCAUUCUUCUUGCCCAUGUUUGGAAAAUGGGACUGAUAAGAAGAUCAAUGAAUUACAUGGUAGUGUCUAUGAUGUUUUCGAAGUGCCUCAUGAUCGAGCAGAGGAUGGCAAAAUCUGUGAUAGACUAACAGACGAGGUGAACAUGGACGUUGAGGACAGGCUUCGGAAGCCAAAUGCACCACUGCAACAUAAGGGCAAGGGGAAUUUUUCUCCGGAAGAAAAAGCAAAGCUUAUUAAAGAGUUGUACUGCUCACAAGCGGAGUUGAACAUGCGGUUGCAGCAAUUGGAGAAUGAGAGAGAGCGGAUGAAACAAGAACGCAGUGAAAGGACCAUGGAGGAGUUCAAGCUGCUAAAGGACAUAAACAAGCGGCUUGAGACAAUACAGUGCCAGAUUGAAAGUCCAAAAUGUGAGAAGCAGAGCCCUCAGAUUCGCAGAGAAAAUUCCUGUAUAUCAUCAAUAAUUGAGGCCAUACUACACUUCUCCAUUUAGUUCCGUGAGCAUUUCAAAUCAUGUCAAUCAGACAUUGGUGAUUGUCAUUAAUGGCGAGAUUUAUGUCUGUACGUACUCUGCCCAAAAGUGUUCUGAUAGAAAAGAUCCUUCACCAUCCACAGUUUCUCUGUUGGUUGGUGGAUGUAAACUGCAGGAUCUUGUGAGUUUCUGUAACACUCUUGUCUCAUUCAAGUCAUUUGUGCUCUUGAUCUUCAGAUUGCUACAGGUGCUUGUCUGCACCCCUUUUUUUUUUUUGCCGUCGUUUGUUGUAAAGAUUUUCACAGGAUCUGUACUUUGAAUCUGUUGGUUUGGAAGGUUGAGAAACCGAGCCAUCUAUCUGAUAAUUUGAGAUGUAUAUGUUUUCUGAACAGCUAAUAACAUUCGAUUGCUUAUUUGCAAUACAAA